AUGAUGGAAGCUUGCCGGGAGAUUAAGGACGACGACAGCAUUCGUGUGGUCAUAUUCACCGGGGCCGGGCGGGGCUUUUGUUCCGGAGCCGACUUGUCCGCCGACCGCUCGCCGGAUCCACACGCCAGCCGGAGCGACCGCCUCGACGAAUACAACUGGGUUGGCCGGCAGGCGUUGAUGGUCUCGCGAGGACUGGACAAACCCACCAUCGCCGCGGUCAACGGCGUCGCUGCCGGCGCCGGCAUGGGACUGGCGCUGGCCUGCGACAUGCGCGUGGGUUGCGAAAACACCCGGUUCAAGACCGUUUUCAUCGAGCGAAGUUUGAGCCCGGAUUCCGGUUUGUCCUACUUCCUGCCGCGCAUCGUGGGCGCCAGCCGCGCGUUCGACCUGAUCUUCACCAGCCGCAGCGUAGACGCCGAAGAAGCUUGGCGGCUCGGUUUGGUGGAUCGAAUGACGACGUCCGACAAUCUGCUGGAAGAGGCCAAAGCGCUGGCCAGUCAAAUCGCGUUCUGGCCGCCGGUGGCAAUGCAAAUGUCCAAACGGGCGUUGCAACGUGGCAUUGACGCCGAUCUCGAAGACCAGCUUGAAUACGAGACGCACAGCAUCGUAUUCGCCAGGAGAGCGCCCCUCGACGUUGAUGAGGCCGCGGCCUCCUUCCGCGAGCGCCGGCCGCCGAUUUUCACCGGGGAGUAG